CCCAAAUCCUAAGGGACGGCCCCUUCUCUCUCUGUCCUCCCUCGCCGAUUCCCCAACUACUCCAAUCCCAUCAGAACCCUGUAUAAUGACCUCCGUCACCGCCAGCUUCGUCCUCCGGCGCGCCACCGCCUUCCUCGAGGACGCCCUCUCCAACCUCGAGGUCCGCCGCCGCGCCCUUACAGCCGCCCGCCGCCGCCUCUCCUCCCCCGCUGAUCCCUCUACCCUGCACGCCCUCUCCCUCCUCUCCGAAACCCUAGACCCCUCGGCAGCCGCCGCCACCUCUGCCGCCUAUGCCGCCGCCGCCGCUGCCAAUCCAUCCUCCCUCUCCGCCCUCCUCCUCGCCAUAUCCCUCGCUCUCCGCCGCCGCCAUGCCGACGCCGCACGCGCUCUCAUCGACGUCUUCGUCCUCGAUCCAGCAGCCGCCCGCGCCGACAUCGCACCGGAGCUCUUCGAAGAGCUCUUCCUACCACACUUGUUCCCGGCGGUGCGAUGGUUCGCGGAGCGGCGAUCAAGGAUUCUCUCAUCGAUGGAGGAAGGGAGGCCGGCGGCGGCAGCGAUGACGUCGCUGUCGAGGAUGAGUGACGGGCAGGCGGCUGAUCUCCGGGAGCUCGAGAACACGUAUGAGGGGGUGAUGGAUGAGAAUUCCAAGGUUUAUGCUGGGUACCUAAAGGAACUUCUGAAAUCGGGGGAUGGGAUAAGUCCGCCGGAGUUGGUUCUCCCGACGGUUAAUGGAGUGGAAGAGGACAUCGACGAGAUGAAGGAUGAGACGAUUGGUAGGGAGGAGAUAGGAUCGACAAAUGAACACUUUAAUCCGAUUUGGGCUGAAGCCGAUAACUCUACAGAUUUUUCUGAUGGACAAAUCAACAAAGGACAGUGCAGCUAUACAAGGGCUCCAUCCUUGUAUCCUCAAAGAGUCCCUCCACAGAUUUUCAGGCAACCUUCGACAAAAAGUAUAGAUAACAGAAGAAAUAUCAUAUCCGAAGUUGGCCAAGCAUUUUCAUCUGCUGAAAACUCUGAUGAAUCUUCUUCCGAUCCUGAACCUGAUAUGGAGGAAGAUAAAAAGAAACCAUCUUUCAAGCCCAAAAUCGAAUACCAGGGGCAGAAACAGACGUCUAUGAACUCUACUUGCUCUAUAGAUCUUUCAAUGAUUGAUGAUGAUAAAUUUCUUGCUUCUAGCAACCAAGCUCCACCGAAGGAUUUUGUGUGUCCCAUAACCAGUAACUUAUUUGAUGACCCGGUAACAUUGGAGACUGGACAAACAUACGAGCGUAGAGCUAUACAGGAAUGGCUGGAGCGUGGGAAUAUGACAUGCCCAAUCACUCGGCAAAAGCUUCACAGUGCCAAAUUGCCAAAAACAAAUUUUGUGCUCAAAAGACUAAUAGCUAGCUGGCGAGAAGAAAAUGCUUAUUCAAUUGCAAGUCCUUCAUUAAGGAGCCCUUCUCCAGAGAUUACUCAACCAAAUCCACCAAAGCGCUCACCUUCACCAACUAGUGUCAUCACUCAAGCAUGUGUUGAUGGCACUACAUGUGAUCUACGGCUUGCCAUUAAUACCCUUUGUACAUCCGACGUUUUGAGUGAAGCAGAGACGGCUGUCCUUCAGAUAGAGCGCCUCUGGAGAGAAACUGGUGCAGAACCUCAAUUGGUAUCAGCACUUUCGAAACCUUCUGUGAUUAAUGGGUUUGUGGAGAUAUUAUUUAACUCUAUUGAUCUGCAAGUUCUUAGAACAUCAGUGUUCCUAUUGUCUGAGCUGGCUUCAAUGGAUAAACUUGUUAUUCAGACGCUGACUAGCGUUGAUUCAGAUGUGGAAUGCAUGGUUGCACUGUUCAAGAAAGGAUUGUCAGAGGCUGUUGUGUUGAUUUAUUUGUUGCAUCCUUCAUGGGAAAGACUUCUAGAAAUGGACAUGGUUGAGGCCCUGCUAAUGGUUUUGAAGAGCGAGGAAGAUGAUUCAUCCAAUUCAUGUCUAAAGCCAAAGACUGCUUCUAUUCUUCUUUUACAGCAGAUUCUGGCAAGCGAUGAUAAAAUUUCAACAGAAGUUGUUGAUGCCAUAAUUUCUGAGGGAGUUUUUGAAAAUAUUAUUCAGAGUUUGGCAGCUGAUAUGGAGGAGGUGAGGAUGGCUGCAAUCAGGAUCAUAGUGAGGUGCAUGGAGGUUGAUGGAAGUUGCCGGCACUUGAUUGCUGGCAAAGCUAAACUGGAAAUCAUCUUAGAAAACUUUGCCACUGUUGGUGACAUGGAACGGUUUGAGAUUGUUCGCUUCCUUUUUGAAUUGGUUAAAUUAGACAGGAGGACGUAUAAUGAGAAGCUUCUGCACAGUAUAAAAGAUGGUGGUAAAUUUAGCACAAUGCAUGCACUCGUUGUUUAUUUACAGACAGCUCUACAGGAUCAGUCUCCAAUCAUUGCCGGUCUUCUUCUUCAACUUGACAUUUUGGUGGAGCCAAGAAAGUCAAGUAUAUACCGUGAAGAAGCCAUAGAUGCCCUCAUCUCAUGCCUCAGAAAUCCAGACAUUAACAAUAGUCAACUUUUAGCUGCCGAGAUAAUUGUGUCACUUCAGGGAAGGUUUUCUUCCUCAGGAGAGUCUGUUACACGAGAGUCUCUUUUAAAACGUGCAGGGGUGAAAAAGAGGAACAGGCCAACAAUGGGAUCAGACCAGAUUGACUAUGUUCAUGAUAAUUCUGAAGAAAAAUUGGAAGACGAUAAGGUUACCGAUGACUGGGAAAGAAAAAUGGCGUAUGCCUUAGUCAGCCAUGAAUUUGGAUUAUUAUUUGAGGCUUUAGCUGAAGGACUUAAGAGUGAACAGAGAGAGUUCUUCUCUGCUUGUCUUGUCUCUGCAAGUUGGCUGACUUACAUGCUGUCCAUUCUUCCUGAUACUGGGCUGCGUGGUGCUGCUCGGGUUUGCUUGCUCAAACAUUUUGUUUUGGUUUUCAAGUCAGCAAAAGAUGCUGAUGACAAAGCACUUGCUAUGCUUGCCCUUAGCAGCUUCAUGAAUGACUCUGAGGGCAUGCAUGACCUUACUUUCCAUAUCAAGGAUAUAAUAAAAACUCUCAGAGAGCUGAAAAAGUCUUAUGUUUUGGCCAAUGAAAUGCUAAAACAUUUAUGUCGUGGGCAAGAAUCAUGCAUGCUGGAGAUGUGGAAUCAUCAAGUUUUGGCUCAGGUGGACUGUAGCAUGCAUGGGGAAGUCUUAUCAAUAGCUUAUUUCAAGAAUAGGAUAAUUUCAGGGCAUUCGGACGGAACAGUUAAGGUAUGGGGUAGUGGAGAGAAACUUCUUCAUCAGAUCCAGGAAACUCGAGAACACACAAAAGCUGUCACCAGCCUAGCAGUUUUACAAUCCGGAAAGAAACUCUUUAGUGGUUCGGUUGAUAAAUCUGUCAGAGUUUGGUCUUUGCAUGAUGGACGCAUCAAUUGCAUGGAAUUUCAUGAUACAAAAGAUCAAGUUCAUAGUCUCAAUAUUUCAAACAAUAUGGCCUGUUUCAUUCCACAGGGAGCUGGUGUCAAGGUACUUACAUGGAAUGGUGCUUCCAGGCUACUAAAUCCAAACAAAUCAGUGAAGUGCUUUUCUCUUGUUCAGGGAAAACUUUAUUGUGGGUGCAGUGAUAAUAGUAUCCAGGAAAUAGAUCUAGCCACAGGAACUUUAGGAACAAUACAAAUAGGUAGCAAGAAGUUGUUGGCAAAAGCUAAUCCAAUCAAUGCAUUACAAGUUCAGGAUGGAUUGCUCUAUUCGGCUAGCAGCCCUUUGGAUGGAGCAGCUGUUAAGAUAUGGAAUGCUUCAAAUUACAGUCCAAUGGGUUCCUUGCCAUCCAUCCUUGAAGUAAGAUGUAUGACUAUAAGCUCUGAAUUGAUAUAUUUGGGUUCUAAGAGCGGAGUAGUGGAGGUAUGGUCCAAGGAUAAGCUUUCAAGAAUAGGAACUCUUCAAAUUGGAAGCAAUUGCAGGGUCCAGUGCAUGACAGUCAUCAACGAUGAGCUUUUAGUGGUCGGAACAUCUGAUGGAAAGCUUCAGGCCUGGGGACUAACAUGAAAGAUGCAGAAUCACGAUUAAUUAUUCUGUGCGGACGCCGAAAGUCGUCUGGAGACCAAUCAAAAUGUAUCAUGUCACCUCUUCGCUUAGUACCGCGGCUCGGUACUGCUCGGUACCGUGGCUCGGUACCGCUGAUGUGACGCAUUCUGGUUGGUCUCCGGACGGCGCCUACGUCUGGUCUCCGCACAGAAUAAUUUCUCACCACAGUAUAUUUAUACAGAAGAAUAAAAUAAAAAUAAUUCUUUAUUCAUUAACUAACUUAUGUUGUAAGUCAUUGUUUUUUCUUGAUUUUGUUAUAAAUGUAUGCUUUGUUGUAAUUAUCGAUUGGUUGGAGAACCACCUUUGUAUACUAACUUGUGGAGGUAUUUGUAUUAUGUAUGAUUACAUUGGGGGCUUUAUAUAUAUGAGAUUAUUAAUUUU